AUUUCCUCAUAACUGCAAGAAGCAACCAGUGUGGACGCGACCGGAGGAGUUCCUGCAGUGUGAAUUACACUUAUCAUCGUGUCGCUGCAACUUUAAAGCUCAGGGCAACACGAGAGGAGACACACACACACAGCGAGGUGUUUAAGUUUAGUUUCACUGAUGCUGGGACGUUGUUAAAGCGCUUAGAGAGUCUUCAGCGUGCCUCCUGGUCUUCUCUCCGGCUGAUCAAUGCUUCUGCAUCAGUUCAUGAACGGAGCUCUGGAAGUCAUGCAUCCCACACCGCUUCAGAAAGACACUACUUUUACAAAAAUCUUUGUCGGCGGGCUGCCGUACCACACGAACGAUGCAUCACUGAGAAAAUACUUCGAGGCCUUUGGGGACAUUGACGAGGCUGUGGUGAUAACGGACAGACAGACCGGUAAAUCCAGAGGAUACGGCUUUGUGACAAUGACAGACCGAGGAGCAGCAGAGAGAGCCUGCAAGGAUCCCAACCCCAUAAUCGAUGGCAGGAAGGCCAAUGUCAACCUGGCCUACCUGGGUGCCAAACCCCGCAGCAUACAGACAGGCAUAUCCAUCGGAGUACAGCCCAUUCACCCGGCGCUCAUCCAGAGGCAGUAUGGGAUGGCCCAGCCAUACGUCUACCCGCAAGCCUUUGUGCAGCCCAGUCUGGUGCUGCCCAGUCAGGUUUCCACCUCUGUGAGCACCAGCCCCUACCUGGACUACAACGCAGCCUACACCCAGUACGCCCAGGCAGCCUUUGAGCAGCAGUACCCAUACGCCGCCUCCCCUGCUGGCUUCCUGGGCUACAGCUACGCCACCAGCCCCUCAGCCACCGCAGGCCCGGCCGCUGCCGCCACAGCUCCAGCUACCGUCCACCCCACCCUACCCUCUGCCACUGGCCCUGCUCCGGCAUUCCUGCACUACGCCCCGCAGCAGCACAUCCAGCCGGACCGUAUGCAGUGAGGCGGUGAAGGAUGCGGAGAAGGAGGAGGGGACAGAGGUGACCUUUUCGACAGAGGACGGCAAAAAUGCCCCACGGGGUGACCCAGCUAUCAUCAGCAGGGGCUUUCAGGAAAAAAGGGUGGGACUAUUGCACUAUACGAUCAGGAUGAGCUGUUUGCUCAUUGGUUAAAGGGUAAAAGGGGUGGGAGGGGUUAGAGGACUGUCAUGGUUCAGUUUGGGAAGCUAAACAGCAAAAAGUAUGUGGUCGCUUCCAAGGGCUUCCAGAAGCUGACACUUCAUUUUUUUAUUAUCAUUAUUAUUAUUAUUAUUAUCAUUAUUUUUAUUGUAUAUUAUUGUAUUAAUGUCAUUGUCAAUAUUUGUUUGUAUGCCAUUAUUAUCAAUGUUAUCAUGUUGUUGGCUCAGUGGAACUUCUGUAUGUCCAUGGUACAUAUUGAUGACUGUUUGAGAGCUGUCUGGGACAACACCUCUUUCCUCCCCACUCCAGACUAUCUGGAGUGGAUAUGAAGGGCACUGCUGCUUUAGGACACUGGGGGACAGUCAGAGAUGUGGGGUGCAGGGUGGUGAUUUUUAUAGGGAGGCAGCCAGCCAGCCUCCCCAGCCUAUCUGUGGUCCCAUCCAGAUAGAGCACCGGCUCAUGAACAAACCUCCAGCAUUCAGCUUCACACAAGGAGGACGACGAGAGAUUUCACCUCAAGGACAAAACAGAAAGUUUCAGUAUAUAAGACAGUGGGAGCUCCAUUGUUUUGAGACUGUGAUGUCAGGACUACACUUUUUUUUUUUUCUUCUUUCAUUUUUAAAAUUCUUUUUAAUUAAAGAGGCCUUAAAAGAAAUUUUUUGAAUCUCCUGAUUUCUCAAGCGCUCCCUCCCCCACCAGAGAGUCAAGUGCAGAGAGCCCUUUGUAAAACUGGCCUUUCAGCAGUCAGCGACAAUAAUCUCUUACUUGGGUCUCGAUUUCAAAUGGAUGUAGAUAAUCACAUGCAGUAUGUGGGUGAUGGGGGACCAGGAGCGCUGUGUAUCGAUGUUAAAAGGUAGCUGACACUGAGAUCAAACACCAGUGAUUAUUUUCUCAUUGAGAUUGUCACAAACUGUUGCUCUCAAAAGGACAUUCAUGUACAGCAUUUUAAAAUGUUUUCAGUCAUCAAGUACAUUUACAAUAUUUAUAUGUAGGUAUUUAUAUAUGGUACUAAGUUAAAAUAGUUUUUUUUUUUUUGUUACUAUGACUAUAGUUGUGGCACUGAUGUCAUUUAACCUGCAGAGGCAUACCUGCAGAUCUACAGGUGCCGUAUUUGUUUAGGUUUUUUUUUUUCUGUCCUGUCACCAUGUCAGUGGAUUUGCCCGGGUGCACGGCAACUACAGUAGGUGCUUGUUUGUGGAUCCUUGACUGGUUGCAUCAGAAAUUCUUUAGAUUUUUUUUUUUUUUUUUUUUUUUCAGUAAAAUGUCUUUUACAUACAGUCCCUUCAAAGAAGCCAUACCAAAAGAAUAAAAAUAAAGACUUUGUACUUAAA